CCUUUGUUCCGUGUUAAUUGUUUCUUCCACGUCAUACAGUGUGCCUAAAAAUCUUUCCAUAGUUUCAAAAGGAAACCAUAUUGGCUGAAACACAUCAUCAGCACCUGCUCCGGAACGUAUAGACGCUUUCUUUUUCUUUAAGAGUGGUCGAAAUGUAGCCAUAAGUGAUUUCUUCUUCGAUUUUAGCUCUUCUAUUGGAGUAUUGUUCAUUUGAGUACUGAUGCGAUUCCACGCAUCGUGUACUUUAUGCUUCAUUUUAUGAUUUUUAUCGCGUGGAUCCCAUAUUAUUCGUUCACUUUCAUACAACUCCAAGAACUGUAUUACUUUUUCAUUACUCCAAUCUAGCGACAUAGUAAAUGCUGGCGUAUAGAAUUGGACAGAGAAUUGAAAAGCAACACGUCACUCCGCUCAGAACGCCGGGCGACAAGUGAGCGAGAGGGCUGAAUGUAAACACACGCUGCAACUCGCGCUGCCAGUCCUUUGACUCGCGCACGAAAAACCGACAAUCAAGGGAGCGCUGGGCAGCGCGAGUGGCUGCGGCAAUAGCAUGGGAAGUAUCGUGUUUACACUCUCGCGCUGCUCACUUCCCUGCUCACUUCCCUGCCCACUCAGGCUGAGUGUAAACGAGGCUUUACAUACUGCCCUUCCUCUCACUUCGCUUUCAAGUUCUGGCAAUGGCAGACGUUGAAAUUUUUGCAGCGUCCGCACUGUGUCUUUAGCGGAACAUAAUUAUGUGCGUCAGUUAAAAAUAAAUCGAAUGAAAAAAAAGAAAAGACGUAGAAGAUGGUGGACGAUAUCUAUUCAUCGUAACUUUGUAAGUACCUACCAACCUGCUUAAGAUUCUAUUUUAUAAUGCAGAAGAAUUCUACGAGGCAUUAUAUUUGUCUUUUUUGCGCUUGAGCAGAAUGUAAACAAGCCCUACCGCUCCCGCUGCCGGUCCUUUGAAGUCCGCACUAAAAACCGCUCUUUUGGGGAGCGCUGGGCAGCGCGAGUGGCAUUAAGCAGAGCCAAGAGACGUAUAGUUUACAUACUCGUCCUGCCCACUUCCCUGCUCACUACAGCUGAAUGUAAAGCCUCGUUUACACUCAGCCUGAGUGGGCAGGGAAGUGAGCAGGGAAGUGAGCAGCGCGAGAGUGUAAACACGAUACUUCCCAUGCUAUUGCCGCAGCCACUCGCGCUGCCCAGCGCUCCCUUGAUUGUCGGUUUUUCGUGCGCGAGUCAAAGGACUGGCAGCGCGAGUUGCAGCGUGUGUUUACAUUCAGCCCUCUCGCUCACUUGUCGCCCGGCGUUCUGAGCGGAGUGACGUGUUGCUUUUCAAUUCUCUGUCCAAUUCUAUACGCCAGCAUUUACUAUGUCGCUAGAUUGGAGUAAUGAAAAAGUAAUACAGUUCUUGGAGUUGUAUGAAAGUGAACGAAUAAUAUGGGAUCCACGCGAUAAAAAUCAUAAAAUGAAGCAUAAAGUACACGAUGCGUGGAAUCGCAUCAGUACUCAAAUGAACAAUACUCCAAUAGAAGAGCUAAAAUCGAAGAAGAAAUCACUUAUGGCUACAUUUCGACCACUCUUAAAGAAAAAGAAAGCGUCUAUACGUUCCGGAGCAGGUGCUGAUGAUGUGUUUCAGCCAAUAUGGUUUCCUUUUGAAACUAUGGAAAGAUUUUUAGGCACACUGUAUGACGUGGAAGAAACAAUUAACACGGAACAAAGGAAUUAUCAAGCUGAGCAUGAGGCACAAUCUCCAGAUGUCGAACCGCUACUUCAAUCACCACUACCAUACCAGCAAAUCAGUUCGCCGUCACAGUCAGUUCCUUCGCCAUCACAGGCAGACCCAUCAUCGACACCAGUAUAUAAUAGGCCAAAAAAAGGCAAAAAAAGACCAAUCCUUGACAUAGAUGAGGCUCAAAAUAAAAUAUCUCAGACUUUAGACACUUUGAACCAAGUGUUAAAAGAUAAAAAUACUCAUACAAGUGAAAAGAAUGAAGACGAGUGUGAUCUUUACGCGAAACUCUUAGCUAAAAGAUUACGAAAAUAUCCCGAGUCAAUGCGGGGAAGAAUUAUGUACCAAAUAGAUGGGUUAUUUUUGCAAAAUCCUUAUCCAACCAUCGACCAUCAAGUUGAUCGACCAUCAAGUGUCUUCUCAAAUCGUUCAUCGGUAACGUCAUCGCAAUCACAGUAUUCAGAUUAUCAAAUCACAUCAAACCCACCGAUUCAACAAUCUCAACUUGUUUAUAUUCAACCAACGGUACAGUCUGACACACCAGUAGAGAUCAGAGAAAUAAGCCAGGAAAAUAAUGACAUUUCAGCUUCUCCACGCCAAAUGAUGCUACAAACUUCAUCAACACAAUAUGUCUUGCCACCAAGAGUACUGUCCAGAUUACCGGAAAGACGUGUUACACCUCAAAACCAAAUGAAUGUGAUAGAAAGAGCCUACUGGGAUGCUAGCCAGAAUUGAAUUAUAAUUAUUUUAUUUGAAUAUAAUAAAACAUAAUUUUAAAAUA